CUCCUCUCUUCCUACGCCCUGCUUCCCCCUUUACUCUCUCGUCCCUACACCCUUCAUUCCCCUCUCCGCUCUCUGCCUUAUACCCUUCUACCUCCUUUCCCCUCUCUGUCUUACACCCCUCUUGAUUUAUUCUCCACUCUGCCUUACUCCCUUCUUCCACCUUUCCCCUCUCUACUCCACACCCUUCUUCUCCCACCAUGCGUUCUCCCCCUUAUAUCCUGCUAAACCCCAUUUCCCUCUCUUCCCUACACCCUGCUUCCCCCUCUCUCUUCUCUGCCUUACGCCCUGCUUUCCCCUUUCCCCUAUCUUCCCUACACCCUUCUUCCCUCUUUCUACCCGCGCUGCUUCCCUUUUUCCCUAUCUCCCUUUCCCUCUUUCACCCUGCUUCUCCCGUACCCUGCGACGUGCGGAAGCCGCCACCGCCGCCUCGACACUAGACGGCGACUCCCCGCGCGCAGCGGCCGUUGCGCGCGCUGUCGCCACUGCCGUAGAAACCGCUGACCGCGCCGCGCUUCCCAGCGGCGCAGAGCUAGCGGCGCAACUCCAGGAGCAGCCGGCGCAACAGGCGCAGCCGCCUCCGCUGAUGAAAGUUUCCCCCGAGUCCCUGACAUACCCGUCGGGGUUCUUGGGGGGUUUCGGGGAUAACAACCCCUUGCCAGUGGAUUCCAAGGGACACGUGGCGGGUGACGUGGCGGUGGAUAAAGACGCGUAUCUUAGGCAGAUCCUGAGAUCGCGGGUGUAUGACGUGGCGAUCGAGAGCGCUCUGGAGUUCGCGCCGAAGCUGAGCGAGAGGAUCGGCAACCGGGUGUUCUUGAAGCGGGAGGACACCCAGCCGGUAUUUUCGUUCAAGCUCCGAGGCGCGUACAACAUGAUGGCGCAUCUGACGCCGCGGCAGCUGGCCAAGGGCGUCAUCUGCUCGUCCGCGGGCAACCACGCGCAGGGGGUCGCACUCUCCGCCUCCCGACUCCACUGCAGUGCCAUUAUAGCGAUGCCAGUGACGACACCAGAGAUCAAGUGGCGCGCAGUGCAGCGGCUGGGAGCAGAGGUAGUGCUGGUGGGGGACUCGUACGACGAGACACAGGCCUAUGCCAAGAAGCGAGCAGAGGAGGAGGGACGCGUCUUUAUUCCUCCCUUCGACCACGAGUUGGUGAUAGCGGGGCAGGGCACCGUGGGCAUGGAGAUUCUCCGCCAGUGGAGCACGUGCGACCGCACGGGCGGCUGCGGGGGCGGUGCCGGCCAGUGGCGGUUUUUGGACUCUUCCUCAGAGGAUGAACGGGAGGGGCAUGGGAGCAACGGCAGCACGAAUGGGGCUAUAAAUGGCUCAGCAGCAACAGCAGGAGCCGCAUCUGCAUUAUCCUCCUCCUCCUCCUCCUCCUCCUCCUCCUCCUCCUCCUCCUCCUCCUCCUCCUCCUCCUCCUCCUCCUCCUCCUCCUCCUCCUCCUCCUCCUCCUCGUUAUCAUCAUUAUCAGCAGCAGCAGCAGCAGCCUCCCUACUAUCCAGCGAAUCUCCAGAGCAGAAGCAGAUAUCCCAAACAGCAGAUCUGGCUGCUACCUCCCACUCCUCUCCCUUCUUCCCUCCUCCCCCAACUCCUGUGAACAACCUGACAUCGUCACUAUCAGCAAUGCUAUCGCAGUCAGCACUAGCAGCAGCAGGGGAGGGCGAGGGGCUGUGCCACAUGGACCCCUCCAGUCUGCAUGCGGUGUUUGUGCCGGUGGGGGGUGGUGGGCUCAUUGCCGGGAUUGCUGCUUACAUCAAGGCGCUUCAGCCAGAGGUGCGAGUGAUUGGGGUGGAGCCUGCUGACGCUAACGCCAUGGCACUCUCUCUAUACCACGGCCGCCGCGUGGAGCUCUCUUCUUGCGGCACCUUUGCGGAUGGCGUAGCAGUGAGGACGGUGGGGGAGGAGACCUUCCGUCUGUGCCAGCAGCUGGUGGACGGAGUAGUCCUCGUGUCGCGGGAUGAGAUCUGUGCCGCAAUCAAAGACAUGUUUGAGGACACGCGCAGCAUCCUGGAACCUGCGGGGGCGCUGGCACUGGCAGGGGCGAAGGCGUAUUGCCGGCAGUAUGGGCUGAAGGGCGAGGGCGUGGUGGCGGUGGCGAGUGGCGCCAACAUGAACUUUGACCGCCUCCGGCUCGUGUCGGAACUGGCGGAUUUGGGGGCGAGGCGAGAAGCAGUGCUAGCCACUACUCUGCCGGAAAUCCCAGGGGCGUUCAAGCAGUUUGCGAAGCUGGUGGGACCCGGCAUGAACAUCACGGAGUUCAAGUAUCGCUUCUGCUCCACUGAUGCUGCCCACGUGCUCUACAGCGUUGGAGUGCACACAGAGGAGGACCUGGAAGCCAUGAUCACGCGGCUGGAGGAUGGCAGCAUGCCAACGGUGGACAUGACAGACAACGAUCUGGCCAAGGACCAUCUGCGCCACCUCGUGGGCGGGCGCUCGUCCCUCCCCAACGAGAUUCUCUUCCGCUUCGUCUUCCCGGAGCGCCCCGGCGCGCUCGUCAAGUUCCUGGACCAGAUCAGCCCGCGAUGGAACAUCACUCUGUUCCACUACCGCCGCACCGGGGAGAUGAUCGCGCACGUGCUGGUGGGGUUGCAGGUGAUGCCUCACGAGGAGGCGGAGUUCAGAGCGGUGGCGGAUGCGCUAGGGUACGAGUACAGUGAUGAGCGCAACAACAAGGCGCUGCGCAUCUUCAUGCAAUAG